GAGCGAUAUUCAACUGAUGAACACGGACAUGGUGUCUUAGAGUGGAGUUGAUCUAAUACAACAGCACAAAAAGUCUUACUGACUAAAAAUAUUUUAACUACCAUUUAAAAUCUGAUUCUUCUUAUCCAGCAGUGAGUGAAUGAAGGAGGAUGGCAUCGACUCAGCUUCAGGAAACACAGGAUGCUGCAGUUCAGAUUGACAGAAGAUUCACAGUCAAUGUUGAGAUGAAAGCUGACAGAAGUGCAGCUAUAAAGGCUCCUGUACUUACUGGAAACAUCAUAUCAGGCCCAGUAAACAUCUAUGGCUCAAGCUCUGCAGAGCAACAAGCGUCCUCAGAGACAGCAGGAAAACAUACAGUAAAACAAGAGAACUUAAAGCAUUUUUUGAAAAGUCACAAAGCCAACUUGAAAGACAAGGCUGAACGUAUUUUUGAUGUCAAAAAGGAAGAAGAAACAUAUCUGAAUGAUGUUUACACAGAGCUCUUUAUCACAGAAGGUGAUAUUAAAGGAGUCAAUGAAGAACAUGAGAUUUUACAGAUUGAUGAAGUUUUCAAGAGUAAAAAACAUCAGGACAGACCAAUCCACUGCAAUGAUAUAUUCAGUUCACUGAGACAAAGAACGACAAAUAAAAAGAUUGUACUGACCAAAGGCAUCGCUGGCAUUGGAAAAACUGUCUCUGUACACAAGUUCAUCCUGGACUGGGCUGAAGGAAAAUAGACGCCAUGUUCCUGCUUCCAUUCCGGGCGAUUAAUUUGGUUAAAGAUGAAAAGAUCAAUGUCCAGCAGCUUCUAAGUAAAUUUUAUCCUGAUUUGAAAGAUAUGAAUAAAACAAAUCUCUAUAAGACGUAAUCGUGCAUUUAUUUUUGAUGGACUUGAUGAGAGUCGAUUGCCUUUAAAUUUUAAAAGCACAAUACUGGACGAUGUUAAGGAAAGAUCAUCUGUAGAUGAAUUGUUUACAAAUCUGGUGAAAGGUCAUCUGCUUUCCUCAGCUCUUGUCUGGGUGACCUCACGACCAACAGCAGCCAAUCAAAUCCCUUCAGAGUUUGUAGGUUUGUUCACAGAGGUGCGAGGAUUCACUGAUCAACAGAAGGAAGAGUACUUCAGAAAGAGAAUAUCAGAUGAGUCUCAGGCCUCCAGAAUUAUCUCACACAUCAAAACAUCUCGUAGUCUUUACAUCAUGUGCCACAUUCCUGUCUUCUGUUGGAUUACAGCUAUUGUUCUUCUGGAAACUCUCACUGAGAACAAGACAAAGGAGAUUCCCACAACACUCACUGAAAUGUACAUUCACUUCCUUAUAAUACAGAUGAACAUGAAGAACAGGAAACAUGAUGAAGACCUUGAAAGAAACUAUGCAAAGCUGUUGAAUUCAAAUAAAACAAAGAUUUUAAAAUUGGCCAAGCUAGCUUUUGAACAACUAAAGAAUGGAAACACAAUGUUUUAUGAGGAAGAGCUGAAAAAGUGUGAUAUUAAUGUCAGUGAAGACACACCUGAGUCCACAGGAAUGCUCACUGAGAUCUUUAAGAAAGAAGCUGGACUUCAUGAGAUGACGGUCUUCUGCUUUGUACAUCUGAGUGUUCAAGAGUUCCUCGCUGCACUACAUGUGUUCAUGAGCUACCUGAACAAGAACCUGGAGGAGCUUCAGUUUUUCUUCAAUCAUGAAAUUAACUUCUUCUUUAAAAAGCUUCUCAAAAUAGUUUCUCUACAUGCCUUACUGAAGAAUGCUGUUGAUAAAGCAAUAGAGAGUGAAACAGGACAUUUUGACCUUUUCUUGAGGUUUCUGUUGGGCAUUUCACUGGAAUCCAAUCAGAAACUGCUGAAUGGUUUGUUUAAUGUCACUGUGAACAGCACAAAGAGCAUCACAAUAGUUAAAGCUCACAUUAAACAUUUACAAAAUCACAACAUCCCAGCUGAAACUUCAGUUAAUCUAUAUUACUGCCUACUUGAGCUAAAAGACAAAUCAUUACACGAGGAAAUCCAGCGAUACCUGAGUUCAGGUGAUCAUUUAGGAAGAGAACUCUCAGCUUCAAUGUGUUCAGUGUUGACCUACAUACUGCUGAUGUCAGAUGAGGUGAUGGAUGAGUUCGACAUAAAGAUGUACAACACAUCACCUGCAAACUACAUGAGACUGAUCCCAGCUGUGAGAUGCUGCAGAAAAGCUAAAUUGACAGACUGUAAUCUCACUGUUGAGUGCUGUGAAAGUUUAUCAAAUGCUCUACAUUCGCCAAAUCAUAUUUUGGAGCUGAACCUGAGUCACAAUAACCUGCAGGAUUCAGGAGUGAAGCUGCUCUUUGAUGGACUGAAGAGCCCAAACUGUAAACUGAAGUUACUGAGAUUAUGUUACUGUAAGUUGACACAGGAAGGCAUUUCUUAUUUGGCUUCAGCUCUGAGGUCAAACCCAUCACACAUAAGAGAACUGGAUCUGAGCAACAAUAACCCAAGAGUCUCAGGAAUGAAGCUGCUCUCUGAUCUACUGGAAGAUCCAAACUGUAGACUGGAGACACUCAGAUUGGAAAGCUGUGAUCUUACUGCUGAGUGCUGUGAAAGUUUAUCAGCUGCACUACAAUCAUCAAACUGUCAUCUGAUAGAUCUGAACCUGAGUAACAAUAAACUGAUUCAGGAUUCAGGAGUGAAGCUGAUCUCUGAUGGACUGAAGAGCCCAAACUGUAAACUGCAGACACUGACAUUAUCUGGCUGUAAAGUGACAGAGCAAGGCUUUUGUUAUCUGGCUUUAGCUCUGAGGUCAAACCCAUCACACCUAAUUAAUCUGGAUCUGAGCUUCAAUAACUCAGGAGCCUCAGGAAACGAGCUGCUCUCUGCCCUUGUGAAGGAUCCAAACUGCAGACUGGAGAAUCUUGAAAGCGCUAUGGAAGGAAAGAACACGUGUUACCUUCACCACGCAUUGGACUUCGACGUUGGGCCAAUUGGGUGGCGUCUUACAGAACAAUAUCUAACAACAACACAAAGCGAGCAACAUAAACGCACUGGAGCAUCAAGUUUUACAGCAGAGAUUCAGAGACAGCAUUUCAUUCAUUUAAAGAAAGUGUAAAAGGUGCUGUGAAAAGUGACAUGGCGAAACAUCUGAGAUAAGAUUUCCAAAUCCAUAAAAAUGAUCAAGGGAAAGAGUGCAGAUAUGGCUGAAAAGGUAAACUAAAUGCUACUCAACUUGCAAUACUUUUUUGUUUGCCAAUCUCAAUGCCAAUACCUCUAUCAUUGAAAUCAGCAUCUGAUGUGUUUGUAGCAUGUUUUGUAAGGUGGUGCCAAACCCUGACAAAAGAUAUUUGUAAGCCAGCACCAAAUGGCUGAAUCCACAGGGAACCAUUUUCUAAUUCCUGUCAAAAUAACAUCUGAAACCCCUCUCAAAGAAUUCACAUCUACACCUGAGAAAACUACUCCAUGGUGUGAGGUCAUAUCCUACCUCACUUCCUCCCCAUUUCCCCUCUUCACAUUCUCUCAGGACAAACUGUAUAUGGAAUGCUACACUCUGCAUAUACAAAGUAUCUGAAUCUGGUCUUGUAUUAAUAUGACAACAGGAUCCAAUGUUAAUCUGUAACAAUAACAGAAAGCAAACUUCACCUAUUGUUGGGAGACACCUCCUAACUUAGACAUAUUAACCAAUCCCCCAGUGUAUGCAUAUAAGGCAACACCCCUGGGUUUACAAGAACCAAUCAGUAUAUCAUUAUCACAAUGCUUUGUUCUCUGGAAGAUGGUAAAAAAAUCAGGUGGGAUUUUCUAUAUGCAGAAAGGAACCCCCAUGAUGCUGUCCUGGCACAGCAUCAUGUAUUUUGAUUUCUUUUUGAGGAAUCUGUAACCAGAUCUUCAUCCUUAUCAGGUAUGCAAUGGUUUUUCGUGUGAUUGUUUCGUAUUUUAAUCGGAUUGUAAAUUGGCUUCUGAUGUUUUUCCUACUUGGUUAAUAAAUUGUUACGUUUGUAUUCAUUCUAAUUUGCUCUGUAUUAUUGACUCUUCUAAGUUACUAUAAAGUAUUAUGAUAUCCUUUGUCACCAUAAAUCUAUGAUCCAGGUUAAUUCAUGCAAAAAUUUGUAUUGAUUUUUAAAUAACAGUGGAUUUAGAGCAUUUUUUGUCACAAAGUCACAAAGCCAACAUGAAAGACAAAGUACAGCGCAUUUUUGAUGUCAAAAAGGAAGAAGAAACAUAUCUGAAAGAUGUUUACACAGAGAUCUUUAUCACAGAAGGUGAUAUUAAAGGACUUAAUGAAGAACAUGAGAUUUUACAGAUUGAUGAAGCUUUCAAGAGUAAAAAACAACAGGACAGACCAAUCCACUGCAAUGAUAUAUUCAGUUCACUGAGACAAAGAACGACAAAUAAAAAGAUUGUAUUGACCAAAGGCAUCGCUGGUAUUGGAAAAACUGUCUCUGUACACAAGUUCAUCCUGGACUGGGCUGAAGGAAAAUAGACGCCAUGUUCCUGCUUCCAUUCCGGGCGAUUAAUUUGGUUAAAGAUGAAAAGAUCAAUGUCCAGCAGCUUCUAAGUAAAUUUUAUCCUGAUUUGAAAGAUAUGAAUAAAACAAAUCUCUAUAAGACGUAAUCGUGCAUUUAUUUUUGAUGGACUUGAUGAGAGUCGAUUGCCUUUAAAUUUUAAAA